UAGUGGGAGAAGUUAGUUCGUUUUUUUACAAAUGCAGCACAGGAAUUGUCAGUAGGAGAAGUUUUUUUUUAAUUUCCUUCUACCGCAUUUCAUCUGCCGUUAACGAACUGUGCUGUGUUCCACGCAGUUCGUGUGCACAGGGGAGCCUGCAGCAGGCGGGCAGGAUCUCUGGUUCCAAAUAAUGGACCGAGACCCAGUGAGGUCUGACUCAGAACUUCUAAGUCUCAGGCUGGGAACUCGAGAAAUCCAGGAAAAGAAACUAAUUGACAAGUGGCUGGAAUCUGGAGGUACAGAAAAUGGAAAAUUGCGAGUACAGGCCUUGUGGCUGCCCCUCACCGAUGACCCUAACCAGCUGCCUAUCCAACUGGCGGAAAUAGCGGCGCUGCAGAGCAGUUUGUUGUGCCGCAAAGAGACAAGGGAAGGCUUCAGUACGGUACCCAUCGACGUCGGCCACGUCAACCCCUUAGCAGGCAACCCCAACGGCUUCGCCCUCUUCAGUUGCCUGGCACUCGUUUGGCUGGACUCGGCGUGGCAUCUUCCCGAGAGCAGCAGUCACUGGCGCAUGGCGGUGAGGGCAGGAGGAGACGAGCAGCAUUCAUGGAUAGCUACAGAAACUUCCAGCGGCGUAUGGGCGUGGAAGCAAUCCUUCAUUUUUAAUCUCAAAUCCGCUCACGACGUUCUUUCUCUUAAGCUGCGGAGCGGCCAAGGGAGCGUCGUGAAGGGCCGACUGAAGGUCCGCCUGGAACAUCUGCUGCAGAAGCCGCAGCUGUGCACUGGAAAUGUGGCCUGGAACAUGGCGCUCAACACGGACCGCAACGUCUGGGUGCGCAUGGAGUGCACACUUAAGAUUCUGAGUCCGGCCGGCAAAGCCAUGGAGAAUCUUAAAGUGAUCAAUAGAAAGCUGAGAGAAACACCGCCGAUGGGCCUACGUCGUCUUGCCAAAGCAGCUUCUAGAAAUAAUCUUUUAUCUAAAUCCCCAGAUACUGGCAACGACGCCAACGGGGCAAAGUUUUACAGCGAGAUUUGUGAUGGCUUGCCGCCCCCUGCCCCGCCAAACUCUGCGUCGCCUAAGCUACCGCCGAGAUGGAAGAAAGAACCUUCGUCAGAAUUCGCCUCACUCAAGCACUCGAGAUCGAGUACAUCGCUGAACGCGGAGCGACAGACUUCCGUGCCGCACAUGGAGGGGAAAUCGCCUGACUUUAUUCGCAAGAAGAAAAAUAAUGACACGACCGCUUUUGUACGACACCGCAAGUCUCAAAGUUUGGAUAACAUUCCUUUCAUUGACUCUGGUAAAGAGAGCUUAGUGAUAAGAAGUUUGAAGAAGUUCAAGAUGAGGGCAGCCAGGCGCCACGCCAAAGAUAUUUUUACAAGCACCGCCAUGCAGGCGAGCUCUGCAAUGAGUGCUUCCAGCCUCAUGCUCAGCGGCGGUGCAGUGAAAGAUCCAACAACUAAUAGCAUAGCAUAGUGAUGUCCGCGCUGAAGAAUUGGACUG